AGGGGAGCAGCGCGCAUGCGCAGUGGCAGCCUCUGGGCCAUAUUGGAAUGAGGCAGUGAGCAGCGGCGGGGGGUGAAUAGCUGAGAAGCAGAGGGAAGAGAGAGCAGCGCACCGGGCCAAGCAAAUCAGCCUGGAAAAAGUCCGUACGGUGUUCAGGGAAUGGGAACCCCCACUGCUGGACUGGUGUCAAAAACACAGCUCACAAGUCACACUGUAACCACUGGCUGUCCUCCUACUAAUAUGAGUGUCAAGGGAGAAAACAAAGAAGAUGCUGACUCCAUCCUAGAGGAGGCGGAGUUCAACUGGGAGGAAUAUUUAGAGGAGACGGGAAGUACAACAGCUCCUCACAGCUUCUUCAAACAUGUUGAUACCUCCAUGCAGACUGGCUUGUCCCCAGGAAUGAAACUAGAGGUCCCUCUCUCAACAGACUCUCAGUCUUACUGGAUUGCUAGUAUCAUCACCACUUGUGGGAAAUUGCUGCUUCUGCGGUAUGAUGGCUGUGGGGAAGACCGGUCUGCCGACUUCUGGUGUGAUAUUGUGACUUCUGACCUCCAUUCCGUUGGCUGGGCCAAGCAGAACAAAAAGACCCUUAGACCUCCAGACAUAGUAAGAGAAAAGCUUCAGAACUGUGAGGAAUUUCUUUCUGAAACGCUGAAUGGAGCUUGCAGUGCCCCUGCUCACUUGCUAGAGGGCCCACACAGAGGUAAAGAUCCACUAGACCUGUUUGGACCUGGUUCCAGAUUGGAGCUACAGCAUUCCUAUGGGUCCUUGGCUGCGUGGCCAGUCAUAGUGUUAGAUAACGUUGGAGGGAGACUUCAGCUGCAGUAUGAAGGGGCUCCUGACUGGCCAAGUCUCCACUGUUUCUACCUUCACCCUUACCUUCAUCAGAUGGGGUGGGCAGCUCUGCACGGCUAUGACAUAAAGCCUCCUCAAGAGAUACUGCACCUGAAGACUGAGGAGGAGUGGAAAGACAUAAUGACCAAGCGCAUAGAGGAUACCGGAGACUUUAUUCCCGCAGACUUCUUUCAGGAGCAGCCACAAGUACCCAAUCAUUCAUUUACAUCUGGUAUGAAGUUAGAAGCAAUAAACCCGAAAGAUCCAUCAUGCAUUGUUCCUGCAACAGUAGCCAAGGUGUUUACUGAGAAGUAUUUCCUGGUUGAACUAGAUGACCUGAGACCCGAGGAGUCUCGGAGCCGCCAGUCCAUGGUCUGCCACAGAAAUAGCCCUGGGAUUCUCCCUGUGCGUUGGAGCCUGAAGAUGGGUCUGUCUGUCCAUCCCCCUCCUGGAUACUUGGAACAGACCUUUGAUUGGAAUGAAUAUCUGACUCGCUGUAAUGCUCACGCUGCUCCUGACAGUUGUUUCCCCGAGCACCAGAAUGAACAUGUCUUCCAGGAGAGCAUGAAGCUUGAAGCUGUCAAUCCCUUCCGGCCACAGGAUGUCUGCAUCGCUACUGUGACCAAGGUCAAUGGCCCCUACAUCUGGCUUCAGCUUGAAGGUGUGACGACUCCAGUUCCAGAGUGCAUUGUCCAUGUGGAGUCCAUGGACAUCUUUCCAAUGGGGUGGUGUGAGACCAAUGGACACUCUCUAUGUACCCCACCCCGUACACAAGCAAAACCUUGUAAGAAGACUGCCAGUCACUCUGAGAAGCAAACCCCGCCCACUAAGAAUGGUCAUGGAAUAAGUGGAUCACAUCCUUCAACUUGCAACACCACAUCUAAUGGGAAGUAUCUCUGCCCUAAGAUAUUCUUCAACCAUCGUUGUUUCUCAGGCCCUUAUCUGAACAAAGGGAGGAUAGCAGAAUUACCCAAAUCUGUGGGGCCAGGCAGCUGUGUAUUGGUCAUGAAAGAGGUACUGUCUUUAGUAAUUAAUGCUGCCUACAAGCCCAGCCGGGUUUUACGUGAACUUGAACUACAAGAUGAACCAUCUUGGCCCCAACAUGCAGAGACACUGAAAGCCAAGUAUAAAGGAAAAACCUAUCGUGCAACAGUGGAAUUGGUGAGAACAUCAGAUCAGGUGUCUGAGUUCUGCCGGAAAACCUGCAUCAGGCUGGAAUGUUGCCCAAAUUUGUUUGGACCCCUUAUGGUUCUUGACCAGUGCUCUGAAAACUGCUCAGUGCUAACAAAGACCAAGUACACCCACUAUUAUGGAAAGCGUAGAGGGCGGAACCUUAGUAACCCAACUGGCAUAUUACGCAGCAUAGAGGCUGCUCUGAAGAAACCUGCUAAGAAGAGGAAAAGGAGGAAACAUUUCUUUGUCCACAAGAAGAAGCGCUCAUCCAACUCUGUGGAUAACACACCUGUAGGAAGCCCCCAGGGAAGCUGCGAAGAGGAAGAUGAGGAAGACGACGAUUCCCCCAGCGAAGAAAGUGUCCAAGGACAUCAUGAGGGGUCAGAAAUUUCAGGAAAAGGAUCCUCGUCAGCCUCACCUACCCGUAGCGAACAAUCGCUGACUUAUGAAAAGAAAAGGAAGCCAUGGUUCAUAGAUGGUGACAAACUUCUUACAGCUAAGGAUAUCCGUAUUGAAUUGAGGGAACCCCUGACCCUGAAUGGAAGCCCACUGGACUGGAGCAUCACUGAUGUAGUAGAGUACAUCAAAUCCACAGACUGCGCUCACCUGGCAAGACUUUUUCAAGAACAGGAAAUAGACGGGAAGGCACUGCUGUUACUCAACCUGCCUGCUGUUCAGGACUGCAUGGAUCUCAAGCCUGCCAUGGCUAUAAAAUUGUGCUACCACAUUGAAAGAGUAAAGCUUGCAUUUUACCAAAGUUUCUCUAGCUGAGAUAUCCUGCUGUAGGAGAGUGGAAGUAGGGCUGCCGGGCCUGGCAGGACCUGUCCUACAAGGUCCCUGCAAGCCUAAAGUGAUUUGCACUUUUUAUAGAAUUGUCGUUUUGUUUACAUGUCCUAAUGGAAAUUUCCAUCCACACCUUGAGAAUGGGGAAGAAAUCUUAGGAUAUUUUUUGCUACCUAAUUACGUGUUAUAUAGGUGUCGAUACAACGCCUUCCACUAACUUACAUUUAAGUUAUGUCUGUGAUAUACUAUGAUGAGAGCCGAGCACAUAAAUUCAUGGUUGUAAUAAGAAAAGAAAAAAAAGGUACUUUGUUACCAAUCACUUUUUAUCUAAUCAAAUUACUGCAAGUCAGAUUAAGGAGUUUAAAGGUCCAUACACAUUGUGCGUUUUUGCCCAGCGUAUGUGCACAGCGAUGAUCGCUGGGCUGAAAAUCGCUCAGUGCAUACACACCGAGCUAUUUUACUCCCUGCCCAGCAAUGUCAGCGGGGGUGAGCGGCUUUCCAUAGCAGGACGCUAUGGAAAGCUGUUCACCCUGCCAUUCAUCUGCUGGUGAUACCAGUAGAUCAACGGCUGCCACCGUCAAUGAAGCAGGAGCGCGCAUCAGCGCUCAUCGACGGGGCAUGCACACUGGGCGGCUUUGAGCUGAAAGCGGCUCAACACACCAAAAGUGAGCUGCUUUCAGCUCAAAAUCGCCCAGUGUGUACGGGCCUUAAGUUACUGCAUGUUUUUCUACAUUGCUAUAAUUGUGAAAAGUGUAUAAAAGUACAAUUUGUUUUUUAAAAUGACCUUUACAUUUGUUUAGCUAAUAGCAUUUUCUGCGUGGUAAUGUUUUGCACAAUAGUCUCCCUUUUUAAUGUGUUUAAUAUUGGAGCUGCAUUUUUUUUCUCUUAGUAUUGUGGUCCAGCUGGCUCAUACGUGUAGGUUUUGUUGUUAAAUUCAAACAUUUGAUAGCUUAAAUGGUAUUGCUUCAUCAAAAAGAAAAGGAUACAAUGCAGUCAGCAUGUAAUUGUAUUAUUAUUAUUAUUUUUUUUUUUUUUUUUUAUGGUCUUUAAACAGCUGGAUCAAGUCAUGAGUCUGCUAAUCAUGAAAUUCAGUGGGAAAAGUGAUAUAACUAUAGUCCCACAGUAAUGGUCUCAUUAAAAUGGAGUACACCUAACCCAAAAGCAUUCUGUUCCCCACAAAGGUGUCUACAAAGUAGUGCAUCCAGUAUACCAUCAUUUUUUUAUAAUAUCAUUGAUCAACCUUAAUAGAUCAAGUUAUCUAUGCACCUUUUUAUUACAUUACAAUAAUGUAAAACAUGCAGCCCAUUUAUAGCAUGCAGGUAAGAGAAACACUAUUUAAACCAUUAUAUUUUUUACCCAAAACAGCUGGUCUUACAACUUGCAAUAUUUGCCAGCUUACCCGAUAUUACGUAUGGAUGAUGAUCCAAUUGUAAUAUUUUGAAAGUUUAUUAGGUAAAUCAGUCUGCUUUAUAUAUAAAUGUGUACAAUGUUAACUUAAAACAUGAUCACUGAUGACAAGCAUCAACAAAUUUUGUGGUUCUUGCUUUGGCGUUGUACCUUUUUUCAGAAUAGUUUUUGUUUUGUCAUUGCUGUGUAGAAAUAAUAUGGUAGCUCAAUAAGGCAUGCCAUGAUCACCAGACAAAAAGUUGGAUCCAAGACUCCCCUCUUUUGAAAGAGGCACCCCCAGGUCUGUAGGUGCAUUUCAGGUUUUUAUAGUGCAGAAUAAGACCCUCCUCCAACGUAAUAUCAGGAGUCACCACAAUGAUGUCGCUACAACCCAGUCUGCUCUGCCUCACCCCACUGUUACUUGUACCCCUUUUAGACUAGCAAAAAUUUCCCGGGUUAUUGCACGUAAACGUACAUCAACCCGAAAUUUUGCCUAUUAUGAAUGAUUCCUAAAGCAAUAUCCGGGUCGAGCAUCCUGCCAAUUCAUCCCAGGUCAUGUCCUGGGUUGAAGCCGGAAUCGACCCAGAAUGCGUGCAGUGUGAAUGGGUAAGCCAGGUCAAGGCGACCCGGCACCUAUUCUCUGCAUAGGAGGAGGCCGUGCUUGGAGAUGAUCAUCUCCAAGUGCCGCCACCGGUAGCAUCAGCGGUAAUGUCACCAACCCGGCACACAAGUCUGAAAGGGGUCGCACCUGGGAAGGACCUGUGUACAUAUUCCCGGGUGUGACCCUGCUAUGCAAGUCUGAAAGGGGUAUUAGACCCGCUGCUAAUUACAAAGUAUGUGUUCAACUUUUUUCUGAAGAGCUUGAGUGCUAAAGACCAGAGGGCCUACUUUUCAGCAUUUUUAUUGUACAUGCGGAUGAGGAGUUAGACUUGUCUUUAGCACGCAAUGAGUUAAUCAGUUGUGUUGAUUAGUAAAGCAUUAAACAUGACUUUUCUCUAAUUUCUCUAACGUCCUAAGUGGAUGCUGGGACUCCGUAAGGACCAUGGGGAAUAGCGGCUCCG